AUGGCCGAAUUUGGAGAUUGGGAUCAGAUCAAACAGGAUCUGACAACUUUCAAGUUAGACUACGAGACCUUGUGGGGGAUCAUAUCGGCCAAGACGUUCAACGAGAAAGCCGCUCAAAAAUGGGUUGAAAAUCACUUUUUCAUAACUAUUCAGGUAAGUAAAAUCUUUUGUUUUAGCUAUUUAGGUAACAAUUAUAACUUUCUGAGUAACUUUUACAUUUUAAAUUGUUCUUUGAACAAAUCGAAUGCUUCUACUUGGUUUUCGUACAUAUUCAGAACGUAUAAUUGCAAAAAUGUUUAUAUUUUGCUUAACUUUGAUUUUGCUUACAUUGGAUAUUGUUUUAGCUUUCGAUUUUGUAUGUCUUCGUAGUAUUUGGAACUAAAUUCUUCAUGAGGAAUCGACAACCUUUUAACCUUUUUGUUCCUCUGAACUUGUGGAACUUGUUCUUGGCCGUUUUCUCUAUCGUUGGAACUAUCAAAAUGACUCCAGAGUUCUUGAACACAGUUUUGGGACGAGGAUUGACUGGUAAGUAAGGCUUUUAUGAUUUUGCUGUGUUUAGAUUUAUAUGUGGAAAGGUGUAGUGUUAGAGUAAAUUGUAAUUGGAAGGUAAAACAGGUAUUUGUGGGAUUAUAUUGUUCUUGUUUCAGAAUCCUACUGUCACACAACAACCUUUAUCAAGGGAUUGAACGGCUACUGGAUGUUCUUGUUCAUCUUGUCCAAGACGAUAGAACUUGUGGAUACAGUAUUCUUGGUACUGCGUAAAAAGCCAUUGAUGUUCUUGCACUGGUACCAUCACAUUCUAACCAUGAUCUACGCUUUUUACUCCUUCCCAGUCACACCAGGAUUCAACCGAUGGGGAAUCUACUUGAACUUCUUUGUUCACGCCUUCAUGUACUCGUAAGUUGGCUUUAGUUCGUUUUAUGUUUUGAGUAAGGAAACCUAUACUGUCGUUUGAAUACUUAAAACUAAAAACUCCUGUUAUAAACACUAUUUUAUAGGUAUUACUUCUUGAGGUCUAUGAAGAUCCGUGUCCCUGGGUUUGUGGCCAUGUUCAUCACCACCAUCCAGAUCUGGCAAUUCAUCAUCUCGGUUGGCAUUCUUGUCCAUCUCGGAGUGUUGAUCUACCUUCAGAAUGUGACAUGCGACUUUAACCCUCGCGUGUUCGUCUUGGCUGUGUUCAUGGACGUUACCUACUUGGCCUUGUUCGUCAACUUCUUCUUGCAGAGCUACGUGUUCAAGGGAGGCAAGGACAAGUACAAGGCCAAGCCAGUGAAAGCCAAGAAACAUUAA